AUGUUGUCUCUCAUUCUCACGGUGUUCUUUGUGCAUGUCGCAAUCUACCUAGUGAACACAAUCGGUGCGAGCACCAUCGACCAGCUGUUAUGGCUACUCUACCUGCGCCUACCAACGCCGACCUCCCGAACAGCCCGCAAGCAGCAGCAGCUGAAGCGAGCGGUGCUUGAGCAAAAGCGCGAAAUGAACAACACCAGCUCCCAAGACGAGUUCGCCAAGUGGGCGAAGGCGCGCAGACGCCACGACAAGACUCUUGAGGAAUACGAGGCGUUGAACAAGGACCUCACAGCCCAAAAAUCAUCCUUCGACUGGACCGUCAAAAUCGCCCGCUGGCUCAGCACGAACGGGCUGAAGAUCUUCCUUCAAUUUUGGUACUCGAAAACACCUGUUUUCCCGCUGCCGGUUGGCUGGUUCCCUUACCCCGUGGAGUGGAUUGUGUCGUUCCCUCGCGCGCCAUUGGGAUCAGUCAGUAUCCAGGUUUGGAGCAAUGUGUGCGCUGCAGCGAUUGCGCUUGCGGCGGAGUUUGUGGGGGCUCUACUGGUGCGGGUUCUGGGACAAGAGACCAAGAAGCCUGUUGAGGCCGAGGGAAAGGCUCAGUGA